AUGUGAAAUCCGGCAGCUAUACAGUGUUACAGGUGGUGGAAGCCCUUGGGUCUUCUCUAGAGAAUCCAGAACCCCGGACUCGGGCACGAGGAAUUCAGCUUCUGUCACAGGUGCUGCUCCAGUGUCAUUCCUUGCUCCUGGAGAAGGAAGUGGUCCACCUGGUCCUGUUCUAUGAGAACCGGCUGAAGGACCAUCAUCUGGUGAUCCCUUCUGUCCUGCAGGGUCUAAGGGCACUUAGCCUGUGUGUGGCCCUGCCCCCAGGACUGGCUGUCUCUGUACUUAAAGCCAUCUUCCAGGAGGUACAUGUUCAGUCCCUGCCACAGGUGGACCGGCACACAGUCUACAAUAUCAUCACCAAUUUCAUGCAAACCCGGGAAGAAGAGUUAAAAGGCCUAGGAGCUGACUUCACCUUUGGCUUCAUCCAGGUGAUGGAUGGGGAAAAGGACCCCCGUAAUCUUCUGGUGGCCUUCCGCAUUGUCCAUGACCUCAUCUCCAGGGACUAUAGCCUGGGACCCUUUGUGGAGGAGCUGUUUGAAGUGACGUCCUGUUAUUUUCCUAUUGAUUUUACCCCUCCACCGAAUGAUCCCCAUGGUAUCCAGCGAGAAGACCUCAUCCUGAGUCUUCGAGCAGUACUGGCUUCUACAUCACGAUUUGCUGAGUUCCUGCUGCCCCUGCUGAUUGAGAAAGUGGACUCCGAGAUUCUGAGUGCCAAAUUGGAUUCUCUGCAGACCCUGAACGCGUGCUGUGCUGUGUAUGGGCAGAAGGAGCUGAAGGACUUCCUCCCCAGCCUUUGGGCUUCUGUCCGCAGAGAGGUGUUCCAGACGGCAAGUGAGCGGGUGGAGGCAGAGGGCCUGGCGGCCCUCCGCUCCCUGACUGCGUGUCUGUCUCGCUCUGUGCUGAGGGCUGAUGCCGAGGACCUCCUUGACUCCUUCCUUAGCAACAUUCUACAGGACUGCAGGCACCAUCUUUGUGAGCCAGACAUGAAGCUGGUGUGGCCCAGUGCCAAGCUGUUGCAGGCUGCUGCAGGAGCGUCUGCCCGGGCCUGCGAGCACAUCACCAGCAACGUGCUGCCUUUACUGCUGGAGCAGUUUCACAAACACAGCCAGAGCAACCAGCGCCGGACCAUCCUUGAAAUGAUCCUGGGUUUCUUGAAGCUGCAGCAGAAGUGGCACUAUGAAGAUGAAGAUCAAAGGCCUCUGAGUGGCUUCAAGGACCAGCUGUGCUCACUAGUAUUCAUGGCCCUCACGGAUCCCAGCCCCCAGCUCCAGCUUGUGGGCCUCCGUACACUCACAGUCUUGGGUGCCCAGCCAGACCUCCUAUCGUCUGGGGACUUGGAGCUGGCUGUGGGUCACCUGUACAGACUGAGCUUCCUGGAGGAGGAUGCCCAGAGUUGCAGGCUGGCAGCACUGGAAGCAUCAGGAACCCUGGCUACUCUCUACCCUGCAGCCUUCAGCAGCCACCUAGUACCCAAGCUUGCUGAAGAGCUACGCUUAGGGGAAUCAGACUUGGCUAGAGGAGACAGGCCCGCUAAAUGCUCCCGAUGUCUGCACUGUCUGCAAGCCUUAUCAGCAAUAUCAACGCACCCCAGCAUUGUCCAGGAGACACUGCCUUUACUACUGCAGCACCUCUGGCAGGUGAACAAAGGAAAUAUGGUUGCAGGAUCCAGUGAAAUUAUUGCUGUCUGUCAGAGCCUCCAGCAAGUGGCAGAAAAAUGCCAGCAGGACUCCGAGAGCUGCUGGUAUUUCCACCAGACGGCCAUACCUUGCCUGCUUGCCUUGGCUGUGCAAGCUUCCAUGCCAGAGAAGGAGCCCUCAGCUCUGCGAAAAGUGCUGCUGGAAGAUGAGGUUUUGGCCGCCCUGGUGUCAGUCAUUGGCACUGCCACCACCCACCUGAGCCCCGACCUCGCUGCCCAGAGUGCCGCCCGCGUCGUGCCCCUCUUCUUGGAUGGCAACGUCUCCUUUCUGCCUGAGAACAGCUUCCCAAACAGGUUCCAGCCAUUCCAGGACGGCUCCUCGGGGCAGAGGCGGCUGGUCGCACUACUCAUGGCCUUUGUCUGCUCCCUGCCUCGAAAUGUGGAGAUCCCUCAGCUGAACCAACUCCUGCGGGAGCUUUUGGAACUGAGCUGCUGCUCCGGCUGCCCCUUCUCCUCCACGGCCGCUGCCAAGUGCUUCGCGGGACUCCUCAACAAGCACCCUGCAGGGCAGCAGCUGGAUGAAUUCCUGCAGCUGGCUGUGGACAAAGUGGAGGCUGGUCUGGGCUCGGGGACCUACCGUAGUCAAGCCUUCACACUGCUCCUCUGGGUAACAAAGGCUCUAGUGCUCAGAUACCAUCCUCUCAGCGCCUGCCUCACGGCACGGCUCGCGGGCCUCCUGGGGGAUCGGGAACUAGGCCCCGCGGCGGCAGAUGGCUUCUCUCUGCUCAUGUCUGAUUGCACUGACGUGCUGACCCGUGCUGGCCACGCCGAAGUACGGAUUAUGUUCCGCCAGAGGUUCUUCACGGAUAACGUGCCUGCUUUGGUCCAGGGCUUCCAUGCCGCUCCCCAAGACGUGAAGCCAAACUACCUGAAGGGUCUGUCGCAUGUCCUCAACAGGCUGCCCAAGCCUGUCCUCCUGCCAGAACUGCCCACGCUGCUUUCCCUGCUGCUGGAGGCCCUGUCCUGCCCUGACUGUGUGGUGCAGCUCUCUACCCUCAGCUGCCUUCAUCCUCUUCUACUGGAAGCACCCCAGGUCAUGAGUCUCCACAUUGACACCCUCGUCACCAAGUUUCUGAACCUCAGCUCCAGCCCUUCCAUGGCUGUCCGGAUUGCUGCUCUGCAGUGUAUGCAUGCUCUCACUCGCCUGCCUACCCCAGUGCUGCUGCCGUACAAAGCACAGGUGAUCCGGGCCUUGGCCAAACCCCUGGAUGAUAAGAAGAGACUGGUGCGCAAGGAAGCCGUGUCAGCCAGGGGAGAGUGGUUCCUGCUGGGAAGCCCUGGCAGCUGAGUCUCCAGUCCUGGCCUGGCCUGCUCUGACAGUCUCACCUGGAAGUACUAACUACCGAGCCAUUUUGCCAGAGGCAGGGAGACCACUGGUCUCGGAAUGCCUUUGCCUUUCCCAAAGAGAGUGCAAAGCCGGGCCCCUGCUCCAUGGUGUGCAAAAACAUGAAUGCUGACUCCAGCUGAUCUGUGAAGUAACUGGGUGUGAGAUCACAUGUAUUUGGAGAAAGACUGGGGGCUGUGGGGCUCUUCUUUGUAUGUCAGGAAAAGACACACUGAGGGUAAAGGCAGAUGCGUGUGGCUCCGAAGGACAGGGACAGUGGAUUUGUGUGUACCUGCUGGAGAAUAAAAGAGUGCUUUUGGUAA